AUGACGGCAAGCCAAUCUCAACUUCCCUUCGAUGUGAUCCCUGAUGUGGAUUUGGACACUAUACUGGAUUCGCUGAUUAAUCAUCUUCGCGAAGGCUUCAACACUCCUGGCAGGUACGUGAAUAUAGAACGGCGGGACAUAGAAUUGGUGUGUUCAAAUGUUGUGGGUAAAUUCAUGAAUGAGCCGAUGAUGCUUGAACUCGAGUGUCCCGUCACCAUCAUUGGUGACGUUCAUGGACAAUUCUUUGAUUUGUUGCGAAUUUUUCACCAAAUCGGUUUUCCACCUGAACAGCAAUACCUUUGUCUUGGUGACUACGUGGAUCGAGGUCCACAAUCGAUUGAAACCGUCACACUCUUAUUUGCCUACAAACUGAAGUAUCCACACAACAUCUACCUGUUGCGAGGCAAUCAUGAGUGUGAGCGGCUAUGCAAAACAUAUGGCUUUAAGAGGGAAAUUGUCGAACGCUACAAUGAUCCCAAAAUGCUCGACAACUUCGUAGUUGCCUUUAAUCAUAUGCCUAUUGCAGCAUUGAUUGAUGAUAGUUUCUUAUGUAUGCAUGGAGGCAUCUCAAAGGAGCUCAUGAAGCCCAAUGUAACAGAUCUUCGAGGCGCCAUCAAUAGCAUACCCAGACCCGUGGACGUGCCCCUUAAAGGAUUGAUGUGCGACCUACUAUGGUCUGAUCCAAUGCCAGAGAAGCAUCCUUCAUCGAUGGGAUGGGAAAGAAAUCCGAGGGGAUGCAGCUACUUAUUUGAUUGCAAUGUGUUGCUCUCCUUCGUCGAAAAGUACAACAUCGUACAAAUCUUUCGAGCACACCAAUAUUUCCGAGAAGGUUACAAACGCUUCCAUGCGCGACUUAUGUCCAUUUUUUCUGCCCCAAACUACAUGAACAGCCUCAACAACAAUGGCGUUAGUGUAACGUUAUCCAAAGGUGAACUUGGAUACCAAGCAAAAUUAACCGUUUUCAAACCAUCAAGGGUAGACUACGUGGUGCCUUUCAUGGUGUAA